UCAUUUCAUUAUUGACACAUGUAUUCAUUCUGAAUGCAGGUUGGUUCUCGCAGUGUACGGGGAUAUGGCUCCACUGUCGCGAGGGAUUGGUAUGCUGAGCUCCCGGAGGCUGUCCGGGAUUUAGUAGACUUGGCAGGAUUCGGGGCUUUCUGCGUUGGGUUGUCACGUUGUUCCGCCAGGAGGACACUGAUGGCAGCAUUGGUAGAGAGAUGGUGGGACACCACCAACUCCUUUCAUUUCUCUGCCACUGGAGACAUGACCAUGACGCCUCUAGAUUUUGCCGUGCUGACCGGCCUGGACAUAGGAGGUUGGCCCAUCCCCUAUGAUGAGGAUAUGGGCAAGUGGGAAGCCGCUUGGAUGUAUCUAUUGGGGGCUCGCCCGCCUGUUGACAGGGUUUCUGGGAGAGUCCGAUACACUUGGUUCUCUUCCCACUUCUGGCGGGCGGAGAUGGUGCCCGAGACUCCUGAGGAGACGGAGCAGUACGCCCGUGGUUUCCUUAUGUUCCUCUUUGGGACUACCCUGUUCACCGAUAGAGGGAACACAGUCGGGUUAUAUCUGCUGAGCGCUUUGGUUGACCUAUCACAGGUCAGUAGAUAUGACUGGGGUGGCGCCGGCCUGGCUAUCCUUUACUUUUAUAUGAGCGCGACCUCCCGCGGGCGGGGCGAUUUACUUGGCGGCUACUGGAGAGCCUGGGAGCUAUGGGUCUAUGUAUACUUCCCAGCAUUAGCCCCAGAGUUGGAGGUGGCAGGGCUUCCCAUGACCCCAUACUCACUAGUGUUCGAGGGCCCGCACCGGCCGAGACCCCGAGAGACCCUCAUUUACCUGCGACAGUACUUUGACACUGUGCGACAUUCAGAGGUACCUCAGAACUCUCAGUUCCUUUCAUUUUCAUCUUUGAUUUCCACCGCGAGGUAUGACAGUGCGGAGAUUAUCCCGCAGAAGAGGACAAGGUGUGCUUCUCGUUCCCGCUCCCGAGGACUUUGA